GAAAAGCAGAAGAAGGAAGAGGAAAAAGGGAAGAAAAAAGAGAAGGGGAAGAACAAAGGAAAGAAGGAGGUAAAGGAGGUGAAAGGGCCAAGUGAGGAGCAGGUGAAAGCACCAAUUGCUGCUCCAGAGCCUGAGCUUAAAACUGAGCCAGACACUGAACAGGCUCCUGAUCAGCACUCGAUAAGCAGCGCAGAGACGCAGCCAGCUCCAGAGAAACACAAGGAAGAAACUGCAAUAAAAAAGGAGCCUGAAGUAGGGGAAGAAGUAAAGGAGGAGGACACAGAGAAAAAGGAGGAAGAAUCAGCAGAACAGGAGAAGGAAGUCAAAGGAGAGGGAAAGGUAAAGGAGGAGGUGAAGAAGAAGAAGGAGGAGAAGCCUGUAAAAGAAAAGAAGACAGAGAAGAAGACAGAAGAGGCUAAAGGCUCCAAACGUCAGAAAACCAUGCAAUGCAAAGUCACCUUACUGGAUGACGCUCAGUUUGAGUGUGAACUUGAUAAACAUGCUAAAGGCCAGGAACUUUUGACAAAGGUGUGUGACCACGUCAACCUGCUGGAGAAAGAUUACUUUGGCCUAGGUAACUGGGAAACCCCAAACAGCAAGAAAUGGUUGGAACCCACAAAAGAGAUCCGGAAACAGGUUUCUGGUGCUGUCUAUGAGUUUACAUUCAAUGUGAAGUUCUACCCUCCUGAUCCAGCACAGCUCACUGAAGACCUCACCAGAUACUUUCUAUGUCUCCAGCUAAGGAAGGACAUUAUGCGUGGUGCUCUUCCCUGUUCCUUUGUCACACUAUCCCUGCUGGGCUCCUACACGGCCCAAUCAGAGCUUGGGGAGUAUGACCCAGAACUCCAUGGACCCGACUACGUUAAGGAUCUGAGUCUGGCCCCCGGACAGAGCAAAGAGCUGGAGGACAAAGUAAUGGAGCUGCAUCGCACAUACAGGUCAAUGAGUCCAGCCCAAGCAGACAUGUUGUUUCUGGAAAAUGCCAAGAAACUCGCCAUGUAUGGAGUUGACCUGCACCAAGCCAAGGAUCUGGAUGGUGUCGACAUUACACUGGGGGUUUGCUCCAGUGGUCUGAUGGUUUACAAGGAUAAGCUUAGGAUCAACCGUUUCCCUUGGCCCAAAGUGCUCAAGAUCUCUUACAAACGCAGCAGCUUCUUUAUCAAGAUCCGGCCAUCAGAGCAAGAGCAGUAUGAAAGCACAAUUGGCUUCAAGCUGCCCAACUACAAAGCCUCAAAGAAGCUGUGGAAAGUUUGUGUUGAACACCAUACCUUCUUCAGGGUUUCAACAGUGGAGCCUCCCUCAUCACGUCGCUUCCUUGUUUUGGGCUCAAAGUUCCGGUACAGCGGGCGUACUCAGGCCCAGACCCGCCAGGCGAGCUCAAUGAUCGACCGCCCGGCCCCUCGCUUCACACGCUCUGCAAGCAAGAGGCUGUCCCGUAACUUAGAUGGAGCUGGAGAUGACACUCUCCAGUUUCUGCAACAACUCUCAGUAUCAACCAAGUCUGAGGCUGAUGACUGGUCUUUGAUGCUGGCAUCUGAAAAACCUCAGCCUUCUCCUGAAUUCCCAGCCAGAGGGGAGUCUAAGCAGACUUCCAUUCAGUCCUGGGAGGAGGGGCAGUCUGUUCAGACAGUAACAGUAGCCUGGCAGGACACUGAAACUGGGCAGACUGGCUCUCAAACCAUCACCCAGUCAGUGAGUCCGCCGUGGCAGGAGCUGGCUUCUGAUGAGCAGCAGCAGAGGAGAAAAGAAGAUGAGUGGUCUGCCCUGCUGUAUCAUAAUCCUCCUUUUCCAUUUGUCCCGUCGUUUGAUUUUGUGAAACAGCCAGCUAAGCUCAGCUUGACAAAAAUGAGCUCUAUGGACAGGCUCUUGCAACCUUCACUGAAAAAGCAAGACGAUUGGUUCCUGUACUUUGACCGAAUCUUCAGCCUGUCUUCACUGGAGAGUGUUGAAAAACCAUUCUCUCCCCUACCCCAGUUCCAGCUCCAGGAGAAGGAUGAGCAGGAAGUGACCAGUGAGGAGGUCAUAGGGAGGCUUCAGGACACUGUGACCUUGGUAGACAAGCUGAUAGAGGUAGAUGUUUUGGAAAGGAGGCUGAGGAAAGUGAGGGAUUUGGAGGAAAGGCUCCAAGAAAUGGAUGAGAUGGCGGAGAGAAUUCAAGAAGUAAUAGAGGAAGAAUUGGGGAAGGAGGAGGUAGAGAAGUUGAGAGAAGAAGAAGCAGAUUUGGAAAAAGAAAAACUAAUACAAGUGGAAGAUGUAACAGUAAGAGUGGUGAAGAAAUCUGUGGGGAAGAUAGAGACCAAAGAGGAUAAUGAAGUGGAUGAACUGGAAGAGGAGAUAAAACAGGUGUUUUUAAAAGGCUUGUUGUCGGAAGAGGAAGAGGUCGAAGAGGUCAAGGUGAAGGAAGAGAGUGAAAAAGAGGUGACAGAUGAGAGUCUGUUUGAUGAUAGUUUGAGAGAGAAGCUACGCCAGAUAGAAAAGGAAUGGCACGACGAGGUGAAGGAGAAGUCUGGCUCUCUAGAUGUCAUUGGCACCACUUCAAUAGUGACAUAUCAGAAGGUGGAGCAUAGGACUAAGAAGAGAGUGACUAUUAUAGAUGAGAGAGGGCAACAACAAGAAGAUAUAGAAGACAUGCAGAUAAAGGCUGGUGUAAUAACAGAGGAGAGGUUAGAAAAACGACAGAUAUGGCGUGAGACAGAAUUGCUGGAGGAGAGAACUGAGAGAGAGGUUGCAAAGACGCUUCAGGCUGAGGAUCAAUCUCAGGUGGAAGAUAAGGAUGUCUGGUUCAUACUUUUUGACCGCCCUCCAUACAAAGCUGUUUUCAAACCACCAGUUUCCACUGUGGAACAUGCUCAAGUGGAGAAAGGCGAGUAUUUCAUCUCAAAGACUGAAAUUGUAACAAUUGAAAAGAAAACAGAGAUUAUAGUAGAAGAGAGUAAAAUAAGACAAGAGGAAGUAUUGCAUGGACCAGAGAUCCCACCACUACAGACCAUCAGCGAAAGAGAUGAGUGGUUUGUGCUGCUGGAUCUUAUUCCCAAAGAAACACCUUAUGUACCACCAGUUAUCUGGAAGGGGCGAGACCAGAUGGAGGCAGAAAGUUUUGUCUCAGUGGUUGGAACUGCGGCAGAUGAGGAGAUCAGAGAAGUAGUUGUUGAAGAGAGAAAGAUAUUAGAAAAGGCACCAAGACAUCUACAAGAAAUCCCACAACAGCCAGGGAUAGAGAGAGAUGAUGACUGGUUUGUGCUGCUGGAUCUUAUUCCAAAAGAAACACCUUAUGUACCACCAGUUAUCUGGAAGGGACGAGACCAGAUGGAGGCAGAAAGCUUUGUCUCAGUGGUUGGAACCGCGGCAGAUGAGGAGAUCAGAGAAGUAGUUGUUGAAGAGAGAAAGAUAAUAGAAAAGGCACCAAGACAUCUACAAGAAAUCCCACAACAGCCAGGGAUAGAGAGAGAUGAUGACUGGUUUGUGUUGCUGGCUGUUGUUCCAAAAGAGACAUCAUAUGUACCACCAGUUGCUGUUGUGGAGCGUGUUCAAGUAUCACCAGAAGAACAUGUCUCUCUGACUGAAGUAGCAACCAUUGAGCAGAGGGAAGAAAGGGUGGAAGUUGUAGUAGAAGACGCAGAAAUAAAACAAGAGCUGAGUGAAAAGCAAGUAGAAGCACUGCCACAGGCUCUGAAAGAGAUAGAAGAUGACUGGUUUAUGCUGCUGGAUGUUACCAUUAGAGAACCAUCAUUUGUGCCACCAGUUACAAUGGCCGAGUAUGUUAAGGUUUAUCCUGAAGAAAGCAGUUCUGCUAUGGUGGAAACAAUAGCAGUGGAGUCCAAGAAGGAGGUUGUUGUUGAAGAGGCUCUGGGGCAGAAAGAGGAAAAGAAGCUUCCCAUUCAAAUUGUCCCAGAGCUGAAAAUAUCCCAGCCUGUGAGAGAAAGAGAUGAUGACUGGUUUCUGCUGCUGGAUGUUGUUCCCAGAGAAACUUCAUAUGUGCCUCAAGUUUCUCUGGCAGUGCCGAGCCAAAUUUAUCCAAGUGUUGAACAUCAAAUUGAAGUGAAAAGCAAAGAGCAGAAGUUUCAGCAGGUUGAUCGUGACCAAAUUAGACCACAGCCUUCCCAGCCACUGCCAGAGAGAGAUGACGACUGGUUUGUGCUGUUUGAUACUAUUCGUGAAGAAGCAGUCAUACUACCAUCAGCUACCCGUGUUGUGAUUAUUCCGGAUAUGAGGAAAACGUUUGAGGUUGAAGUGACAACCACAGAGACUAGUACAUGGAAGAAGAGGAUAAUUGGUGUGGCCAGCAGGCAAGAUGAGAGACGUUUGUCUGAGAUAAGACCAAUCCAAACUGCACCACCAUCAGAGAGAGGAGGAGGAGAUGAUUGGUUUGUCCUGUUCGACAUCAUCCGAGAAAAGCCUGUUGUCAUACCACCAGUCGCUGUCCCUGCGCGCAUCCAGAUCCCAGCAAAGGUCAGAGUUCCAACUGCUGUGGCCAAAACAAGGAUAGCUAUUUCUGAGACGAGACCACUGUUUGAGAAACGGAUCCUGGAGGAAAGACGUCCACUCACACACACACAUGUCAAUGAUGACUGGUUUGUUCUACUAGAUGUUGGCCUCAAAGAGUCAGUGGUGAGCACACAGAGGGGCGCCCGUCCUGUCAGUGCGCCAGUCUUCUCCCAGGCUGCUCUGGCUGAGGCAGGGAUCCCCAUGGCCCCUUUCGACCAGCCCCAGACCUCCACUCCAAUCAAGACCAGCCACCAGGAGGAAAGAAAGCUGGAGGUCACAGUAGAAGCCGUGGAGCCCUCAAAAAUAGAGGCUGUGCCUGAAGUCAAGCCAGCAGUGUGGAGGGACCAGAGAGAAGUAGAAUCUUCACUGAUAUCCACCAUCAAUGGGGACAUUCAGCACGAGUCAGAGGUGAUCAGCACGGAGGUGGUGCGAAUGCGAAAGAAAAGAGCUAAGAAAAUUGAGGGUGACUCAAUUUAUAUGAGACAUAGCCUUUUAAUGUUGGAGGAGUUCGCUAAGCCUCAGGAGGACCUGCUCAGGCAUCAUGCCAGUAUCAGUAAGCUGAAGAGGAACUUCAUGGAAGCCGUCCCUGAGCCCAGGCCCAGUGAGUGGGACAAGCGCCUGUCCACACACUCUCCGUUCCGCACCCUGGGUAUCAAUGGUCAGCCUCUGACCAGUGCGGAUGGGAGUGUGAGCAUUAGUUCCCUAUGCAAUGGUUCAGAGACAAAGGCUGCACAUGAGGAAACCAGCAGCAGUUUGGGCUUGUCAGCCAUACCCAGGCCCACUGUGUGCCACAAGAGUGAGCCUGAUAGUGUCGAAGCCCACGGUGCUCCUGUUGAGGAAGAGUCGUGUGAUCAAGACGAGGUUGUCGUUUUUGAGACCUCCUUGGUGCCCAUCGUAGAGGUUGAGAUGGCGCAGUUGCCUCCCUCCCUUGAACCACACUGUAAAGCUUUAGAUGAGACCCAGGAGGAAGGAGGAUCAUAUCCCGGAGUGUUGGAGUGCUCUGGGAGGAUAGUUGGAUCUUCCCCAGCCUCCUAUUUCAGGAGCGAUGGUCCGCAGGUCAUACGCUGCUUUCAGCCCCCUCUGGUGCAGACCCAGACAGUCACCAUCUCAGCUGUCUCCAGCUCCUUACCCACUGGCAUCUCCACCAAAGACGUCCCUAUCGUCCCGACCAAGGCCUUCACCUAUGAAUCUUCAAAGGUGACAGUUGAUGGGACAGACGAGGACAAAGAUGACACAACUGUGGCCAGCUUCAAGACCGUUACCUCAGAGACCACUAGUGGCACCACAGUCACCACCACUACCACUCACAUCUCAAAGGUAGUGAAAAGUGGAUCUUCAGAGACUCGUGUGGAGAAAAGGAUUGUCAUAACUGCAGACUCUGACAUUGACCAAGAUAAGGAGAAAGAUGGUGGAGCAUCAGCACUGUAACUGAAUCACCACCUUCAUUUAUUCCUCCUACUCUCCACCUUACGACAUCCCUUCAUCAGAGUGAAACAAUCAACACACUGACCAGCUCUAUCUACGCACACACAUAUCCAAAAAGAAAUAAAUGUGCACCUAAAGUUAUUGAUGAGUAGAUAAAUGUUAGAAUUUUUUUUUUUUUUUGAGCUUUUCAUUCUAGGUAGAGGGCUGCACAGAUCUCGAAUUUUGAUUAAAUGCUUAUCUUAUCCUGUUGUUCGACAAGCUUAGCAAAUACACUUUUAUUGGUUAAAAGACAGCAUUUUCAGUUAAUGGAUCUCAGUUAUGUUUGCUUUUAAAUGCUUUUAUUUUCCUAGUGGUUUUUACAUUGAUAAUUUUAUACAAAUGCACUGAUUCCAUUCUAGCUUAGACGACAUUACCAGCAUUCAUUCCCUUGGUGCUGCUAGGGGAACGUUAAGACAACAUUCAAGGGAACACUUAUUUUUCUUUUUGUUUACUUGGUUAUUUAAUUGAGGAGAGACUUUUUUUUUUUUUUGUAAUGAAAUGACAUACCUCGCAUCAAUAUGUGAACAAAGAUAUUAUGUGCUCCAAUCUGGAUGUUUGUUUGGCUUUGUUCACUGCUCAGGUAAAAAAUAAGAACCUAAAUCUUCUUCCCAAACUAGCCAAGAACCGGUAGCCUACACACUAUUGUAAAGUUUGAAUUAAAAAUUGAUCUAUUUUGAAAUAUUUCUCUAUUUUAUAGAAUUAAUGCUUUUAUAGUAUUUGUACAAAUUGAGGUUUUUAAGUUAUUCAUAUCCAUCUGCUCAAAUUGUGGGUUGCCAUUGUUCUGUUUACUGAAUUUUGAGGUCUCUAUUUAAGACCUUCUUGCCUGUCUUGCCUGAAUCAUUCUUAUUCGUUUCCUCUUGUGGUCCACCAAGUUUAUCAAACCUUUAACAAUUUACAUAUGACAAUGGAAUGCUUACUUCAGCCCUGUUUUAUUCAGUAGCAUAGAAGUCGUAAUUGCUUUGAAUAUAUUUGGUUGAUAAGAAACGUUUUACAAGCUUUGGUCUGUUUAUCUCAGGUUUUGAUAUUGUUUGUAGGACUACAGACCUCCAUAUGAUUGUAUGAGGAAUGUCCAUAUAUGUAUAUCCAUCUCUACUUUAAAUGUACAUUUAUGUUCAGCCAAGUGAGGUCAAUUAAUAUAAAAGCUUGUCUGUCACAGUAACCACACGUGUACAAGGUGAAGGCAGCUGUCCCAGUAUAUGUGGCUUUUAUCUCAUAGGAGCACAAGUUGUCUUUUUUACAUGCUCUACUAUACAGUAAUUUAUUUGUAAAGUAGGAAAUGUUUAAUGUGAUUUGAUGUGCUGUGAUGUUUCAACACAAGCUGGUUUCCAGGCCUCCACUAAAGAUGUCACAAUGUUAAAUAUUGCAUUCGUUAUCAACCAAGUUUGUAAAGUCUUUUUACCAUAUAGUCUAAGUAGAUUGCUGUCUCUCUUGCUGUUUUCCUUUCCAUAGAAGAGAAAAUCCUUUUAAAUAUAUGAAUCCCUUUUAGAUAGCAUGUUUGUUAGCAAACUUUUUAACCCAAAAAGAAGCCAUUGGUAUUGUAGCUACAUGGACAACCGCAGCAAACUCUCCUGGAAAAAUAAAUGUAGAAUUUCACAGUAAGAAAAAUAGUUUUUAGACAAUGGAAAAUAUUGUUGCUUUGUGACUUAUCCCUGUCUUUUUAUGAAAAAAUAAAAUAUGCAUUAUUUUGCAUUUUCGAUGGGCUGUCUAU